CCGCCACCACCUUACUCACGGAGCGAGGAUGCUGUCACAUCUGGGGCCACAGAUGAAACACAAAAUAAUAACAUUUCUUCAGAAGUGGAUCAGAGUAAUGUUGUUUCUAACCAUGAAGAUGUCUCUGGUAAUAUACCCUCAUCCCAAAAUAACAGUGAUGUUA